AUGGAGGAGACUAACCACGGCGCGAAAGAGGAGAGGCAGAUGGUCGUGGAUCGAGGAAACAGCUCUAUUUAUACUGAAGCUCAGGAGACGAGAGAAUCGCAGGCGGACAGGAAUGCGACGAGCAAGCAAGGCGAACAAGGCGACGACUUUUCGAGUGGCUCGCGAGAUGAGACUAGGAUGUGUAUGGGGUUGGAAGUGCUAAAGUGGUGGUGGUUAGGUAGAUGUGGAAAUGGAAUGGUUGAAUGGGUGCAUCCCCCCACUGUAGAGACGAGACACGCCUCGCUCGAUACGCGCACCUUGUUGACGCACUAUGGCCCUUUAUGGCAAGACAUGGUCGCUGCCUUUAAAAGGUUCUUAAAGUGA